AGUACCCCUGUACCAAGCAGUUGUCAAAUUUGUUAACAAAACUAUUUAUUUUUAUAAAGAUUGUUUAUGUUUUACAUUUAAUUAUUGAAUCGAUUUUUGUGUAGUUUUUUUCCAAUUUUUAAAUAAAAUGCGUAAUAUUGUGAGUUAUGUGGUGAUUGUGUUAACGCUCUGUACAGUCGGUACACUUGCUAUACGCUGUUACCAAUGCUCCUCUGAUCAGGAUCGGAAAGGUUACGAUAGUUGUGGUGCUUAUAAACCAUUUAAUCGCACGGAACAUAUACCAAUUGAAUGUAAUAGUGAUGAAUCACAUAUGCCCGGCUCGUUUUGUAUGAAAGUGGUACAACAAGGCCCUAGAGGGUUUAUCUGGGACGGACGUUGGCGUCAAGUAAUUCGGCGCUGUGCGUCUGUAUCUGAUACAGGUGUAACUGGCGUAUGCAACUGGGGUGUUUAUGAAAACGGUGUCUAUUGGGAAGAAUGCUAUUGCUCCAGUGACAGCUGUAAUGGCGCCUCGAGUAUUAAGCUAUCCAAAAAGAGUAUGGCUAUAGCAAUCAUUGCGCUAAUAACGAUAACAUGCAAAAAGUUUGUGAAUUAAGCAACAAGUAACUCGAAUAACAUUCCGUCCAUUUUACAUAAUAUAUUAAUUUUUUAAUAGUGUAUAUCGAAUGCGAUUAUGUCAUUGUUCAUAAACUUAAACUGCCUUAAUGUAAGUUCAAAGUGUAAAAAUAUAUUUUUCACGUACAAAAUUUUCUACACAUACACUACAAUGUAUACAUAAUAAUAAAACAGACAACGUUUAGUGCAAAUUGA